CUGAGUGUCUUGGCACUAUAAGUAUGCAACAUUCAGGCAAAAGAAGUGAUUCUUAAUUAUUACUAUCAAGCCUUGUGAAGAGUGUUUUUUUUCUAUUUUAUUUUUUUCUUGUAAAAUUUGUUUUCUUGAGACUAAAAUAAAAGAAAAUAAGGGAAAAAUGGGAAGAGCCCCAUGCUGUGAAAAAGUGGGUCUGAAAAGGGGAAGAUGGACAACAGAAGAAGAUGAGUUGUUAAGGAAAUAUAUUGAGGCCAAUGGUGAAGGCUCAUGGAGAUCUUUGCCCAAAAAUGCAGGGUUACUUAGGUGUGGAAAGAGUUGCAGGCUGAGAUGGAUAAAUUACUUAAGAUCAGACUUGAAAAGAGGGAAUAUAUCUGCUAAUGAAGAAGAUAUCAUCAUCAAUCUCCAUGCCUCUUUAGGCAAUAGGUGGUCCGUGAUAGCGAGGUACCUGCCGGGUAGAACAGACAAUGAAAUUAAGAAUUACUGGAAUUCUCACCUCAGCCGUAAAAUCCACAGCUUCAUCCGACCCAAAAACCCGAAAUCACCCCCGCCGGUUCAAAUCCCGGUCCCAAAACCCGCACGUCAAACCGGCCGGUCCACCACCCGAAAGAAGAAGACCAAAACCGCCGCCAACGAACCGCCCAAAACCGAUUCCCCGAUUCCGAUAAUGCCCAAAACCCCAACUCCGGAGGCUGAGGCUCUGAUUUCCAGCACCAAAGUCUUCAAUAAUAAUAAUAAUAAUAAUAAUAAUAAUGGAAUAAUUCCAGUGGAGGAGGGAGUUUUAAGCGUGGACGACAUUUUAAUGGAAGAUUUGAGCGGGAUAUGGCCGGAUCUGGAGGAGAAGGAGAGAGAAACCUCCGACGAGAGGGUGUUUUCCGGCGGGAUUGGGCUGCCGGAGAUUGGCCACAGCAGUGUGGAGCAACUGGGUUUCCCGGUGGCCGUCGAGUGCUCCGAUUGGACAUGGGGAUGGGACGAUGACGUCAGCGGCGGUUGGGGACAGGAAGAGGUUGCGCUGCCGCCGUGGCUCCGACACGGCGGAGACGACGACAAAAGGGGGGAUUCGAGUGAAAACAGCGUAUUCCAAGUGGGCCCCGUUUAUGACUGCAAUGACCAUAGUGCCCUUAUUUCCUGGCUUCUCUCGUGA